AUGAAGCCUGUGCUGCUCCUUCAGCUCCUGCUGGUGAUUCAUCUAGCACCACAGCUGGUGCCUGCGAGUCCCAAGCAACAAUUUAUGAAGUAUAUUUUGGAGCCUCCGCCGUGCAGAGUGGACGCUGGAAACUGUACUAAUUUCUGUUCAAUGCAGGAAGAUUGCCCACAUGGACUUCAGUGCUGCUCUGCCUUCUGCGGGACAUAUUCCUGGGUUUUGGAGAUCCUCCAGCCCAAGGGAAGCUUCGAUUAA